AUGCAGCAACACCAUCGGUCUAGCUACAACCAUCAUCGUCAUCACAACCUUUCCAUUGGUUAUCCAUUGAAGCUCCAAUACUAUGAUACCAUCCCAUCCAUCCAUCCCUCCAAGGAAGUUCAUUGUUUCUCUCAUCAAUAUCUAUUCAGAGCAAUUCGAUUAAAACCUUCACCCACCCACCAUCGUGAGUAUACAUAUACCAUCAAGAUCCCUUGCCAACGCCUUUUUUCCUGGACGGCGCAAAACACAUAAAUGCCCCUCGCCGCCAGCUCAUUCUCCCAACCCCCUUUUCCAUAAUCUGUGCACCGGCAUUGGUCCUGGGUAUCAAUGUGCUGUGCUCGAGCUCAGUCUGUGCUCUCGGAUAGCCGACUAUCUGAUUCAUGGCGUUAGGCGGACCGCAAUGCACAAUCAGUGUCGGUGCUAUCAGAAAUCAGAAUGCAUAUGCGGAUGGAGGCCCCCGCACAUGACCUUCAAACUUCGGGGCUGAGCCUCGAGCUGUUGAAAAGGGUCCUUGGCGCCAAACUCUAUUGCAACCGUUGCUAUGGGAGCUCUACCUGAGCUCACCACCGCCGUCCCCAAUGAGUGCAGUCUUCCGCAGAAACAAUUGACGCUGAUGGAAUAUUUCUGCCGGUACUUGUCUUUACCCAUGAGAGAGAGAGAGAGAGAGACGCCUGCACAACAUCUCCCUGGUGCCGGCUUAAUAUGGGUUGAGAUAUUUCGCCAUAAAGGCUGGCUCGUUUCAGAGCUCCAUGACUCAGUUCGAGAUGCCGUGCGCGGUUGAAGAGCUGGAGAGAGCCAACCAAACCGGCAACCCGAACGGCAGGAUCUCUGGAUGCAUCUAUCUAGCAUUCAUCCGGCACGGGUGUCCUAUUUCCCUUGUGACACCUCGAACCUUUGACAAAGCAUGUCGCGAGUCCAGCAUGGUACAAGUACAGCAGUGAAUUUCCGUUAGCACCGCCAGUAUUGCUGGAUGCUGUGCCGACACCACCAAGGACCCUCCCCAAGCUUGAAGCACCCCGAAAACAGGGAUUAAA